ACCAUAUUCAAUAUUGCUAUCUUCUUAAUUGAUUCCAGAUACCACCGGUUGGAUACUAAGAGUGGCUGGCAUCUGCAUCAAAUAACGUCUGAAUCCUUUGUAUUUCACAUUGAAAAGUCAUUUUCCGUUCGAAUUUUUAUAUAGUAUAAGGUUGAACAUAUACAAAAUUGAAGCAUCAAUUGAAGGCUUUCCAUUUUCAAAAAAGAUCAGCAAGAUGGUCCAAGGUCCCCUGGAACUACCUCAAUUGAGCAGUGCCGGCAAGACUGCGGCGGCUCUCAAAUCGAGCAACGGACACGUUGAAGGAAGUGCAACGAGCGAUUGGUCACCUUCUUCCUGGACCACGAAACCAAUCAAACAAGAUGUUAUCUAUGACGACAGAGAGGCACUCGAAAAGUCGCUGCGCAAGCUUGAGAGACUACCUCCACUUGUAACUUCUACAGAAAUUGUCAAAUUGAGAAAAGCUCUACGGGACGCUGCUCUGGGCAAAGCCUUUUUGUUGCAAGGAGGUGACUGUGCUGAGCUCUUUGAUUACUGCGAAGAUGACGCCAUUACGUCCAAAAUCAAGCUUCUCCUGCAAAUGAGUCUGGUACUCAUCUGGGGUGCAAACAAACCCGUUGUGAGGAUUGCCCGAAUGGCAGGCCAAUUCGCCAAACCCCGCUCAAGCCCGACAGAAGACUACAAUGGUCGCCAAAUCCCCUCUUUCCGAGGCGACAACAUCAACGGAUACGACCCUGAGGAGCGCACGCCGGACCCGUCCCGGCUUGUCAGCGCCUACUUCCACUCUGCCGCCACGCUCAACUACAUGCGGGCGCAAAUCUCAUCUGGCAUUGCCGACCUGCACAACCCACUCGACUGGAACCUCGGGCACGUGCAAGACCCGAGCAUCAAAGCGAAAUACUCGCGCAUCAUAGCAUCAAUCACCGAAUCUUUGCGGUUCAUGCACACCGUUGGCGCCGACACAGCGGGCCAACUGGAGACCGUCGACCUUUUCACCAGCCACGAGGGUCUCCUGCUUGAAUACGAACAGACGUUGACUCGACGGCUGCGAAAUCCCGCCGGCAAAAAUGCUUUGAAUCAGGGAACCUUUGCUCAUCCCACCACCAGUGCCAGCGGCAGCAAUCCUAGCACUACCUCUAUUACCGCUACUACUACUACCACCGAAGACGAAACGCACGGAUGGUACAAUACCUCGACGCAUUUCCUCUGGAUCGGCGACCGCACGAGACAGCUUGACGGCGCACACGUCGAGUACUUCCGCGGCCUGGAGAACCCCAUUGGCAUCAAAGUCGGGCCGAGCAUGGAAGCAGACGAGCUAGUACGGCUGCUUGACAUUGUCGAUCCGAAAAAAGAAACCGGCAAAGUCACACUGAUUACUCGCUACGGAGAAGGCAAAGUCGAGGGCUUAUUGGGCAAACAUAUCGAAGCCGUCAGACAAAGCGGCCACGUCGUUGUCUGGCAAUGCGAUCCUAUGCAUGGAAACACACGCAGCACCCCCACGGGAAUCAAGACCCGGCACUUCUCAUCCAUUCUCUCCGAAGUCUCUUCCGCUCUGCGCAUCCACCAGCAACACGGCUCCGUCCUGGGCGGCGUGCAUCUCGAACUCACCGGCGACGCCGUGACCGAAUGUGUCGGCGGCAGCGAGGGCCUGACGGACGACGACCUGAGCCUGAACUAUACUACGUACUGCGACCCGCGACUCAAUGAGAAACAAGCUCUCGAGUUGGCGUUCCUUGUCGCUGGGUUCUUCCGAGGCGAGGAUUUUGGAUCUUGAGCUGGCUGCUAGUCGUCCUGUCUUAGUCCUGUCAUUCUGUCGAACCCAUCCAGUCCAGCUACUUUUUUUUGUGUCGCCAUUCAAUCAUAUAAACGUCCGACCAGAGACAAAUACUUCACAAUAUGCGCCGGAGAACAAAAGACGAUGGAUUAAAAGUUAUUUUCAUUUCCUUGAUCAUAUUGUUCAGCACAUCUUCUGUAUCUGCAUAUACUUCACUACCCAAUCAAAACACCAAGUUGACACUAAAUUAAAAGUCAAUACAAAAUCAAAAGUUUACACAAAUUUUGAAUUCAGCAGACAACUAAUUCCCAUAUUCCAUAUCCCU